GCCGCUCUUACUGAAAGUAAAUACCAAAAAUGAUUACAUUCGCAGUGCCAACUUUGAUCGUGACUCUGCUGGGGAUUGGAACUGUAGUGGCUCAACCCAGGCCGGACGACCCGUCAUGUAUGGAGGGUAACCAGAGGAAGGCCCACGAUUGUUGCCGCAUGCCGAUGCUUGUAGAGCAAAGCGUCAUGAAUCGCUGCAUGACGGAGAACCCGAUGACUCCUCCCGUUCCCGGUGUGCAACGAACAGAAGGCUGUUGCAUCGCCCACUGCGUGUUGACCACGCUCAACGCAUUCAGGGAUAACUUGAUCGACGCAGCCGCAGCCAAGCGUGCUUUGACCCAAUCCAUGGGUGCAAAUUCGAGCUUCGUUGCCCUCAUUGGAGGGGUGGUAGACGAAUGCGUAAAUCUGGUACACAACAAUGCAGCUUACAAGGUCGCUCCGGUUGCAUCCACUCCGGGUCGUCCGGGAUGCAGCUUCAUGCCGGAAGGAUUCGUCAACUGCAUCAAGGGAAGGUUCUUCCAGCAAUGCCCGACCGCUGAAUGGACGAGGGAUGCUGCAUGUGAUCAGCUGAAGCAAAAAUUAACAGCUGGAUGUUCAUUUGGGUCGUUGAUGGGCUGAACUUCGUAAGAAGGCAAGAAAUAAAGUCAGAAAUCGUGAAGCUUGGAAUUUUCAUAACUCAAAAUCGAUCUAUUUCAUUAUUCGAUCAAAAGAAAGAAUUUCCACGAGUCGAUGUUUUCAAUGCAAUUUCUAGCUGAUUGUUCUUCAAUGUCUCACCAGAGACCGUUGAUGGUGUUUAUUGUCUUACCUUCAUCAACAGAAAGCAACAGAAGUACGAAAUA